UGCCGCUUCGCAAAGUCUGUCAAAACCUCAUCACCAGCUCCGUCACUCGAGAAACUCCCUCCGCCGAAGCAGCCACUUCCCCAACUAUAUUAAUCGCGCCACCAUGAACUACCUGUUCGGGUACGGAGAAACACCAGCGACGGAGGAGCAAGUCAAGCCCGAGGAACCUGCGUACCCUACAGCCAACGACGUGGACUUCGAGACGUAUGGCAAGGAGAGCAUCCAGAUUCUACUCAACCGCCACACCGGCGAUGACAAAGUGACCACGUGGGAGAUCGUGGACGAUGCUGACGGUGUGAAGAUCUGGCGCGGCGCUGUGGAAGCCUGCGACUGGUGUCCGUUCCGUGCCGAGCGCCGUAUCGACGCCGAUAAGCGCGUGAUCGAGCAGGUCCUGUUGGACCCGAACCGCACGCUGGAGCUAGACGAGAUGAUGGAGGGCAUCGUGACGCUGCGCGACAUUGGUGAGUCCAACCACUUAGCUUUCCGCCAGAUCACGAGCAAGGGUCAGUUCCCUAUCUAUGGCCGUGAAUUCGUUGUAGUCACGUACGCCACCACGCUCGAGGACGGCCGUGUCGUCAUCGCCACACGCUCCGUGAACGUGGCGGAAGUGGCUCCUCUCGAGGGCUACGUGCGCGCCCACAAUUACAUCUCGGGCUACAUCAUUGAGGAGUUCAAGGGGGAGAACGGCAACGCGUACUGCGUCGUGACACUCCUCGCACACGCCGAUUUGGCCGGCUACAUCCCACCCAGCAUCAUCAACAUGCUGGGUACGUCCUCCACCGUCAAGGUCCUGGAGAACUUGGAGGCCAUCGUGACAGCCAAGUAGACGGCGUGGCUUAUUUUGGGUAUUCCCCCAAAACUACCAAACUUGUGUAACCGACCAUUUCUACUUAGAAGCAAACCGUUGUUUUUUAGAACACGCGCGAUUCAUCGCUUUAUAACUUCACGAAUAUACAUUUUUGGAACUCAA